UGCAUGCCAUGUAAAAAUCACGGAUUUUUAGGAUUAUCUCAAUCCGAUCAUUAUUUAAAGGGAUGCAAAGUCUGGUUCAGGCACAGUCGCAAUUUUGUCUGCUGCGAUCCGAGUUCGUCCCCAGCCGAAAGAUAUUAUUUACUUAACAAUGUCCGCGCAGUGUGGUGGUGAUACAAAGUUCAAGGACAUACCCUGCGAGGUAAUUGUCUCAAAAAUAUUUGCCUACUUCCCACCUCGAGAACGACAACUACUUCGUGCCGUCUCCACAACAUGGAAGUCCAUCAUCGACGAUUUUUUCGGCCAGACGGUGCACAUUACCAACAAAAAUUGGGAUUCGAUGAUGUCAAGUCGAGACAUUUUUUACGCCAGAUUCGUAAAUUGGACGCGAGAUCUGGGCAAUCAUAUCGAGCCCAGCGACUUUACUGUAAGAAUCAAAACUUUGGAGCUCUCGAGUCCACGGGCGCCAGUGCAUUACUUCGGCAUCCUCCCACUUCUCAAAUCAUGUGUCAAUCUGUCGACCCUGUCCAUUGGCAACGUUAUUGGAGCAUAUGUCAAAGACUUUGACACUGACAUGGACACAAGUUUGGAUUCAUGGAUGGCCACCUACGAUCAGGGCAACCCAGUUUGGUUCCCCAACCUGGAGACGUUCAAGUUCAUUGACAACUGGGCUGUGCCGUCGGCUAGCGUGGGGAGCUAUGCACAAGGAUGCUGCCAACGGAAGAGCGAAUUUAUUGCAUUUCUAUUUAAAAAGCUGUCCUUAACGAAACUGAAGCGACUGCAGGUUGAAUUCCACAAUUCAUUUUGGUGGAUUUCCCUUCGUGACUUAUUCACAUUGGUCGAGCCCCAUCAGUUUGAGACUAUUGGGCAAUCGAUCAAUGGUGACGAAAAUGGUGACCCGCAAAUUUUUAGCAAAGAGUCCCGAUACAAGACACUUGUCCAGUUGCCACUACGUCUUCUGGGCAAAACUUUGGCAACAACGUUAAACUUUGUGGAAAUUCAGUAUCAUACGAUCCUCACCGUUCAAUGUCAAUUUCACACGGGGAAUUUUGCAAUCAAUGGAAUUCGGCAGCUGAGUCGUUUCAAAAGCUUCAUUUCGAAGGACGCUAGCGAAGGCAAGUGUGGUCGUUUGAAUUACCUGCAAGCCCAAGAAAUUCAUAACUUGUGGGCCGAUGUCCUCAAUAAUUCGCAAUUCUCGUUGAAAGAGUUUGACGGCGAGCAGACGUUUGACACUCCGGACCAUCUCCUCCCCAUCUUGACAAACAAUGUGUGUACUCUGCAAAAUACGCGAAUCCUCACAACUCUGAGCUCCCCACAACUUGAUGAAGACGACGAUGUUGUCGCCGACGAAGACGCACUUUGGGAUCAAAUUGACUUUCGUAGAUUUCAAAAACAACAAAAAUUGACUCAUUUGUCAUUCAUCGUGGACAAGAUUAGCCCAUCAAACGUAGAGCUUUGUGAUGCUCAUCCCUUUUUCAGACACAUAAAAGAUCUUCCCGAUUCCUUGGUCUAUUUGGAAAUGAGCUGCCCCAUUCACCUCACAAUUAAGGACGAGGGGGACAAUGGUUCUCUGGGAUUUUGCGACUGUCUCGGACAUUUGAAAAACUUGAAAGAGCUGAUUUUAUGGAACACAAGUUAUUCUUCAGAGUUGAAUUCCCCCUGGUUUGUAGUAAAUAAUUCAAAGCAGGUGACCAUGAUCAAACCCUCCCACAUUGAAGCUUUCAUUAUAAACUUUCCCAAUUUGGUCUCCCUUCAUUUCAACUGGACUUGUACUCAGGAGAGCAAAAAUUGUUGCGAGUGCAGCUGUGACCUUUGCACCACGGUCCAGCUGCAGGAAGAAGAAGAGGGCAGUAGCGGCAGCAAAAAUAUUUGUGACGCAGUUUUCGACAAAGAAAUAUUUAAAAUGGAGCAUGUAAAAUAUUAUGAUCCCAGCAUUCAAACUCAGGUUAUCAAAAGGGUAAAAAUUUCUGAUGGCAAAUGUGUGAAAAAUGCCAAAACUAUUGUACCGACACGUUUGUGUGUCAACAUUAUUACUUCAUAAAUCGACGAAAACUGUGUAAUACACUUAUUACUUAAGUUGUCCACAUUAAUUAAUUUGUAAACAUUUAGUUUUUACUAUUACUUACAAUAUUGUUUUUUUUUCUACAAAUAAAUUCAGGCUGCACAAAGGCA